UUCGCCCCCCACCUCCCCCCCCCCGCGCUGGGUCUCUGUUUCUGGCAGGCAGUCUUGCCUGGGAGGGAUCAGCCGUCAAAGCCACCCAGGAAAGGAGGCCCGAUACGCUAAUUAAUAUUCUGAACUAGUGACCCUUCUUUUUCUUUCCACCCCUUCCCAUUCUCUGAGCUCUCCAGCCUCUCCCUGCCGUGGAUGGCUGCAGCCCCCUCCAGCUGAGUCAGUCCUCCCUCCCCGCAGCAUUGCAGCACCUCCGCAGCUCCCUGCGCUCCUGCUCCUGCAGCACCCGCUCCACUCUCGCCACAGCAGCAUGGCCAGCACCGUUUCAGCCUACAAGGAGAAAAUGAAGGAGCUGUCUCUGCUCUCCCUCAUCUGCUCCUGUUUCCACACCCAGCCACAUCCUAACACCAUCUACCAGUAUGGAGAUAUGGAAGUGAAGCAGCUGGAUAAGAGGGCAUCAGGCCAGAGCUUCGAAGUGAUCCUGAAGUCCCCUUCAGAUCUAUCUCCCGAGAGCCCAAUCCUUUCCUCCCCUCCCAAGAAGAAGGACCUGUCCCUGGAGGAGCUGCAGAGGAGGCUGGAGGCUGCAGAAGAGAGGAGGAAGACCCAGGAGGCGCAGGUGCUGAAGCAGCUGGCGGAGAAGCGGGAACACGAGCGGGAGGUGCUGCACAAGGCGCUGGAGGAGAACAACAACUUCAGCCGCCUGGCCGAGGAGAAGCUCAACUACAAGAUGGAGCUGAGCAGGGAGAUCCGCGAAGCACACCUCGCCGCCUUGAGGGAGCGGCUCCGCGAGAAGGAACUGCACGCAGCUGAAGUUCGCAGGAACAAGGAACAGCGGGAGGAGAUCUCUGGAUAAAGGGCUUUUCUACACAUCUAGCACCUGAUUCCUGUUAACAAACCAACCAAUCGACCAACCAACACAUUUUAUUUUGUUUGUCUAGAUGCAACAUUUGGUUCUCCAUCCCCCCCCCUUCCCUCGUGUUCGUCCCCCAGCUACACGCUUCUCUAUCUCUGCAUCCUUAAUCGUCAGUACUUGUGGGGAGUCACAGAUCAUAGGGACCUCUAAGCAGAAUAGCAACUAGUUCACAUGAAAUAGAGAAUCGAUCAGUCAAUCAAACAGCUUCUUUGGAGGGUUUUGUCCUUUUUUAAAAAAAUAUUUCUUAAACUGAUGUAAAAAAAAAAAUUAAGAUAUUAAUAAAUUCAACCAGCAGUGUCACAGAGAUACGGAUUUCUUAUCCAGGGCUUUUACUCCUCUUGGUGUUUGCUCUAAGCCAAAUAUCAGUUUCAGCAGAAUAAUGGGAAGUAAGUGAUAAAUCCGUGUGUGAAGUGGAAUAGGGAACAGCCCCAUGUUUGCCAGUGGUAGGAGAGAGGAAUGAGAAGGAUGGGGUGGCUCAGGAGUCGUGAUGUGCAGAUCCCCCAUCUCUUGGCUGUAUCUGGAGCCAGCCCAGGCAGGCAGUGACCCAAAAUCCUCAUCUUUGGACGAUUCCUGAUAGCCCGUGUGAAAAUAGGUGAGGGUCUCCACCCAGAGCUCGGUGCCAGGUCCCACGUCACGGCAGGUCCCCGUCACGGCAGGCACCGCCUGAUGCCCUGGCUGGCCGCGGGCUGAGGAGCCCAUAGACUGAGCCGCCCCCUCCCUGGCAGAGCGGGGACCGAGAGGCCUUGGCCGAGCAGCCCGGGAGAACCGCAGAUGGCGAUUGCAUCUCUGGCUCUGUGGGAGCCCUGGGAGAGGGUGCUCGGUCUGUGGGCUCUGCAGCGCUCCCAAAACACAAGAUUUGACUCCAGUAAGAAAGCAAAUCCAAUAGAGACGGCGCAUGGUUGUGAAAUAGCCUUUUAGUGAACAGAAUAAUCAUCCUUCCCUCUUUCCAAAGAUGGAUGUGACUCUUUGGUGCCAUUACAGGGAGACCAGAGGUUGCCAGAUGAGUCGCAGAGCUCUGGCUCACCGGCAGCACCCUGGGAGGCAGGGCACGCCAGCUGACCUGCGGCUUUGGAUGAGAGGGAGCUAAGAGGGGAGCAAGUCUGCAGUAAGGGUGAAGAGAUGUCCCCAUGCUCAUUCCUUGUUUAUCUCUAGCUUUUCAAGGCCUAUUUUUAAGAAAAAAUUGUCUCUUGAUGGAGGUAGGGAUGAGCAGAGAACAUGCAAGCAUGGCAGUAAUGUCUGAUCUAAACAGGUGACUGUCAAAGCCCGUGGAUUUCCUCAUCUUCUAGUGUCAUGGCUUAUGGAGGUGACCAAGGUCCAAGCAGGCACCGUGCACUGCGAGGGGCUGCCAUCCUCCUGCUGAGAUCCACAGACCUGCUCACCUUGCCCCAGCUCUGCUUCUGCCUUGAAAAACUAAGUGGAAAUGUUGCGUCUGAAGAGCAGGGAAUGGCCACCUUCCAGCAAGCGGGGCCUCGUAGGACGCGAUGCUGGGGACUCAGCUCUGCAGGAGCACGAUCCUGCGGCAAGGUUUUGCAGAGGAGUCAGUGGAAGCUGCUUUCAUUUGAGGCAGAAGGUAACAAGAAUUCCCCUCUGACCAGUGCUUUAGAGAUGACUGGCUUGUUAUUUUUUUAACAGAGCGGUGCAGUGUUUCGGGGAGGCGGCAGCAGGGUGGGCAGCGCAGGAUGCUGGAUGGUAUUUACACCGGGGCGCCGCUCCCCCCCCGUCCUGGCUGCCCUCUCAGACCCCAGAAUAAACCAAAGGGGCAUCCAAGGCACCGGGUCGCUUCAUUACCAGUAACUGGUGUCCUCUGCACGCUGUGCCUCCAAAGUGCCAUCCUGUGGGUGGGAUGAAGGACUCCUGUGGUGCGCUUUGCAGGAGCCUUUGGGAGUAAUUUAAGCAAACGAGGGGUGCAGAAGUGUGCGUGGGCAGCCCGGCAGCGGGGCACGGGCACAGCCCAGCCCGGGGGUCCCCAGGGACCGUGCUCUGCACGGUGGUGCCAGGCAGCAACGAGGGGUCUACUGGGGGAAUAACGACGCCCUUGCCUCUCCACCCCUCGGAAAAAGAAAUCAUGGCCGAGUCUUGUCAGAAGCUGAAGUUUUCUGUCUACCCUGUGCUUUAAUUAGGUAAAAAAUUGAUUAUGGCCUGGGGUGAGCAUCAGGUGGUUGCAGAAACCCCACGGAAAGCCAAAGAGCAGCAGCAGCUGGAGAUCAAAUCCCGGGGCUCUUUGCUAAUCUGCCCAGAAGUCCCAGCUGGAUUUGGGAGAGAUCCCUCAGUGGCCACGGUUUGAUGUUUGGGGACACUGCUCCUAAGAGGAAGGGCUACCUUACUCCCAAAGUAAGGGCUGGGGGGAGGACAGGACUGUUAGAAAUCCCCAGCACUGUCAGUGACACACACAAAAAAAAAAAAAAAAAAAAAAAAUUAGGGCAAAGAGGGAAAAGAGAAGGAAACUGAGGGUUGAAUUUCUUAACAGUAGCUAAUGAUCAGUUUAUAGUAGCAGCUGUCUUAGAUAAGCAUCUGUGUAGAGCGCGGCAUCACCGCCAGCAUCACCUCAUUCAUAUAGUGACAAGAAAUUUUAAAAAGUUUAAAAAAAAAUUUAAAAGUAAUUUAAAUGAAAUGUUUGUGUGUAAGAAAUGGUUGAAACUGUCAAAUGUCUGUGUCCCGCGUUGGUGGGAUCUGAGAAGGUAUCUGCGAGAUAUUAACCCUGUCCUACUCUCUGUGGUGCUGAGUGUUUGCUUGGUGUGUAAUUCUGACCUGGAGCUUGUUGUAAAUAAUGUUUUUAGUACUAUGAUUAUUAUGAUUAUUAUUAUCAGAAAUGUUGUACUCAUGAGCAGGAGUUUAAAACAAGAGAAAUGACCGUUUUCACUCCCUCCAUGGGGCUCAGGAGGAAUCAGAGGCUGGGCCGGGUGAAGGCAGGGUGCCGGCGGCGUGGGAUGCCGGACCAGAGAGCAGCUGGAAAAUCAGGGAGUCAGGAGCUGGAGGCAGCUGAGUCCUGCGGGCAGGGCGGUGAGAGCGGGGCCGGGCUGCUCCUCGUGCGGGGAGGAGAAGGAAGGGCUGAGAGGUGGAAUAGAGGGGAUGCUUCAGUGCCGGUGCGUGUAAUUUAGUGUUAACCCAAAGCUCUUUUGGGGGGGGGGGGCAGGUUGUUCCCCGCAGCCCCAGGGGAAGCUGGAGGAGCUGUGAGGUUUGGCGUGUGCUGACGAAGGAGUGGUUGGUGGCAGGUUGUGCUGGUUAGAGCCGUCCUCCCCAAACAGCUACUGAGUCUCUGGACUCGGUUCCCGCCUGGAUCUUCCAUCUCGGUCCUUUGUGCUGCCCCACGCCCGCUCUCCUCCCCUCCCUGGAGGCCAACCUGGAUCUCAGGCGGGGACUUACUCUUGCAAUAGCUUUGACUGGCAAAAAAAAUCCCCUGGGAAACGCACAGCAGAGUGGCCCAGCACACGGUGCUCAUGCAGGUGUGAGCACUGGGAAACUCAUUUUUCUCACCUCCGUCAGGUCGGUGCUGUGAGGGACAGUGGAGGUGGCUGGAAAACGUGUUACUGCAGGGUAAGCUCCUGCGUCAGAGGAGCAGGGAUGUGCAGGGAGAGUUUUGCAUCGGUAACGUCAGGGGACCGGCUCUGUUACUGCUGCUGAGAUGCGUCCUGCCAAGGAAACAACCUCAUCCGUGGGGCCAGAUGCUUUAGGUGUAGCAGAGCGAUGCUUGUCCGGUGCAGAUGAAUGUAGUAGGGAUGUUGGGGAGCUUGACAUUUGUCCAGUGCCACUGGACGCUAUCAGGGAAAUGUGUGAUUGCUUUGGCUGCGUGCCCCACCUCCCGCGGUUUUGGCUGGAUGAGGGAUGUUCACCCACCCACUGAGCUGCUCCAAACCUGCAGGGACGGUGCUGCCGGCGCCAGCAGCUAACGCGGUGCCGUGCCUGACCGGCAGCACACGGCAUGGUCCAGGAUCACCGUUAUUUCAUGCCUUUCCACAUCCCAGGGUUGCUAAAGGUUCUGUGCAGCAGCAUACUUCAUGCCUCAAUUGAGACUAAUUAAGUAUCCUCAUUAACAUCCUUACCAUCCCAGCCUCCGUCAUUCUCGGACCGUUCCCACGUACCGCAGUCAUGGACAUGGCAUGCAACCCCCCAAUUCCCGGGGCCACCUUCCUUCUGGCAGGGCUUGAGGUUCUUCAUUGAUUGCCGUAGACGUUCAUGAAUCAAGGUUCGUAAGGACAGCUAGCGGCCACAUUUUUGCAGCAGCGUAUGAACACGAGACUUUGUGCCUGGUAGGGAGAGCAUCCUCGAGGCAGCCGGGCCGGCAGCAUCCCUGCCUGGACCGCAAACGUUUGCAGUUGCGUGAGGGAGGAAAGACAAGAUGGUGACAAUUUAUUACAUGCAUGCGUACACUUUUCAAAGAGCUGUCUUGGAGAAGGGCCUCUGAUUCGAGUAAGACAGAGAAGCUGAAGCUAAACGAGUUCCCAGCUGGUGCCACCAGCCAGGCGAUGAGCGAAGCUGCAUGGGAGCUGGGACAACCGGCCUCGUAUCCCAAAUUGAAGCUCUGCGCUCACAUUAACCCUUACAGCAAAGAGCUCAGCUCUGUCCGUAAAUGGGUGCUUUCAAGGAUGCUGGCCCCCCAGACUGCUGGACUGAGCCUAGUCCCUAUUAUUUUUGAGUCAUAAAAUAACCUUGCUCUAACCCAGACAUGGGGUUACCUUCGAGUUGACCUUCCAGGGAUGGUGGCAGUUCACGAUUGCAUGCAUCCUACCUUGGGGGUAGGUCGGUAUUGCUGCUCCUUUUAAAAUGUAAACUUCAGCUUGCUUGCUUUUGCUUAGCCCGGUGUGACUCUCUGGCCCUGGCUCUGCAAAGCCUGUCUCAUGGGGUUCGUUUAAUUCCGUCCCGCUGCAUUACUUUCCUCCCUCGCAGUGGCUGUGCACUCGGCUGUGCACACGUGCACAGAAAUGCAUACGUGGAAACGAUAUAUGCACAUACACUCUUAUACCACUUGAAAUGAGUCAGGGAAUGGCUGUUUACGGUGCUAGAGAUUUCUUACUAUCCAUGCUAGGGAUGAGAUGACAUAGUAAGACCCAUAAACUCCACCUUUGUAGUCAGUUGUCUUUAAGUAAAGCAGAAGAGGAGCACUGGCCAACGCCUACGCUUGGGUGCUCCGUGGUCCCCGGGGUGCAGGGAGGCAGCUGCUCCCACCCACUGCCGGGGCGGUGGGACCCAGGCACGGGGGGCAGCCGGGCAUCCCAGCCCCGGCACCCCCCCGUGCCUCAGCUCCCCCCGCCCUUGACAAGGGGACACGGACACUCCCUACCCCACGGGGACCGCGAGAGAGCCAACACAUCCACGUCUCUGAAGCGCUCUGAAAAUGGAAAGUACCGAAGUACCAAGUUGUGGUGCGCAGCUGCCCACCCCGGGGGGGAACAAACUGGCCCAGGGCUGCAGGCGGAGGUUUGGAAGAUGACUGCAUGGCCGCGGGGCUGAGCCGCAACCCCAGGGCUCAGCACCCCGGCUGCCCUCCCGGGCAGGAUUCGCUCCUCCGGCCGCAGCCUGGGCCACCUUUGCUCAUGCCGGGCGGGCAGCCGGGUGGGGAGCUGGCGCGGUGUCGUGGAAGGACUUUCCAUCACUAACAGAGCCUUGUCCGGUUCCCUUCGGUCUACCGCGUGCAUUUCAUUGUCAACUUGAGGUUGUUGUUGUGCAAAAGAAGUGAUUAUGAAAAAAAAAAAAAGGAAAAAAAAAGAAAUAAACUUGGUAUGGAACCA